AUGGAAUUAACACAGGUGCACACCCUCAACUUAAGAGGCGUCCUCUCCGUCUCAAAAAGGAUCAUCUUAGCCAGAUACUGGCACUUUGUCUCCUUAUCUCUCCUCUUCUUCCUCCCUCUUUCUUUCUAUCUCAUCAUCAGCCCCACCCUCAUCCACCUCCCCAACCACCCCUUCACCUACGAUCAUCUAAUCGCUUAUCUCGUCUACACCCUAAUCGUCUACGUCCUCGCCCUAUGCGCCAUCGGCACCAUCACCUACAGCACACACCAUGCUUUCUUCGGUGAGCCUGUCAGCUUCUUAAACUCCCUCAAGUCCCUAACCUUCUCCUUCUUCCCGCUUGCUUCCACUGCGGUUGUAGCUCAUGUUCUUAUACUUGUUACCUUGUUAACCUUCCUCAUGUUCGUUGCAUCAGUUCUUAUGUUCAUGAAUAACUUAGGGAUUGUUAUAAUUGAUUACAAUUCAGUUCACUUCAUGUGGUUUUCGGCCAUCAUGGGUGCGGUUUUAAUCGCGAUUGUUAUAUAUUUCUACGUGGAAUGGUCGUUGGCUUUUGUGGUGGUUGUUGUAGAAUCGAAAUGGGGAUUUGCGGCUUUGAUGAGGAGCUCGUAUUUGGUUAAGGGGAUGCGAUCGGUUUCGUUGUUGGUGAUGUUGUAUUUUGGUGUUUGUGGUGUGCUCUUAGUGGGGAUGUGUUCUGAAAAUUUCUAUAGAAGCUGGCCGUUCGGUCCGCUAGUAUUUAUUACGACACUUGGUUCGGUCUUUCUAAUGAUGUUUAUGCUUCGGAUUACUGCUGCGAACACUGUGUUGUAUAAUUACUGCAAGGCUUUGCAUGGUGAAUUGGCACUUGAGGUUGCUGAGGGGUUUGUUCAAGAGUACAUGAAUUUGCCUGUCGAUGCUGGAUGGUUUUGA